CGUCACUCGACUUACUUCUUCUACAACACGCAACUCCACCGCCAAAAUUCCCUCUUAACAUCGUCAUCGUGGCCUGACACCCUCCUCUCCUCGAACACUACCGCCCCAACUCGACCACGACCUGCCCACCGUUAGUGCUGAACGAUUGUCUCGAUUUCGGCCUGAAGCGAGGACAGCGCCGACAGAGACUGGUAGACAACCUCCCGAUUAAGCGCCUUGUGGGUUGAUUCGGACACCGCGAAACGGUAAUCUUUCGGACCUCGACGGUCCUGUUGUGUGAACAGAGCCUGAAACCAAGGGAAACAACUGCUUCAGUGGGAUAAGGCACGGCCAUGUCAGUAGUGGACACAAUGCCCUUCCGGCAGCUGUUCCACCAGCCUGAGGGCUCUCCUGACUUUCACGGGCAACACGCAUUUCAAAGUCAGCAUCCCCAGCUUGCCAUCGUCGACCCCGACUCCAUCGAUUUCACCGGGUGGCAUGAGAUGGACUUCACCACUACUCCGCUCACGACCUCGUCACGGGGGACGCUGGACGCACACCCAGCCCUCCACCAAAAAUACUCGUCCGCCAUGGACAGAGAUCAGGAUCCGCUGGCGUAUCUUCGCUCUUCCAAUCACCGGCAGGGGUCGACAGGUAGCCUGAUCACCUCUUCUUCCCAUCAACAGUCUCCCGAACCACGGAGACCCUCAGGAGACAUGUACUCUAACACCCAAUAUUCCUACUCUCAGCUUCUCAACAUGGAGGCAAAUCUUCCACCCAUGGAUCAGUCGAGCCUCACCAGCUCACGCGCUGAUGACGAUGCAACUAUGCUAAACAACGACAACAGUCUCACGACAACAUUAUCAGCUUCUGACUCUCUCAACACCAGCCGCUCCAUCACCAACCUGGAUCCUAUCGCGGCUUCGAUAGCAUCCAAGACAGACUCGACCGAGAAGCUCUGCCCUCUAAUUGCAGGCCAAGUAGACAGCUGCCAGCCACAACGCUGUGGCCCAGACGCACCGUGCAUGAACUUCACCACCCUGCCACCCAUUGAGGAGUGCACAUCCGUCCCCUGUAUAACAGGGUCGACGACCUCGCCCAGUGAGACCAUGAUCAGCAACGACAGCAUGUCUGUCGAGCUGCAUCAGCGGCCCAGCAUGAGCGGGAGGACCAGCACGACAGCCACCUCUCGCUCUUCAGCUACUCGACGCUCAUCAAGCUCUACCACUGCAACCACCGAACAACCCGACACCGUGCCUCUACCUCCUCGAAGAACAUCUGCUGGUGCCGCGGCGCGCCGUCAAAACCGAACAAGCCCGACCAUGACCACGGCAGCGUCAUUGGCCUCGGACGACGAGGACGAUGAGCAGCCGACCACGAAGUCCACGGCUCCAUCCAAAGCGGACGCCAAACAACGGGCCAAACAAGCCCACUCGCUCGUAGAACGCAAAUAUCGCGAAAAUCUCAAUGCGAAAAUUUCCCAGCUGCACAAUACACUUCAAGCGUCUCACUACGGCCCUAAAGUGGGCGAGGACGGUGAAGUCGAAGCCGCGACUGCGGCCAACGGACUUCCUCCUCCCAAAGUGCGCAAGAGCGAUGUGCUGACCGAGGCGAUGAACUACGUGAACCAGACCGAAGUUGAAAUGCGACACAUGGAAAAUGAAAUCCACAGACUGACCGAAAGAGUACGAGUAUUGGAGAAGCUGGUGCGUUGCGAAGAUUGCAGUCUGCUCAAGCAGAUGGUGAACCUUCAGGUUCAAGCGGUCUAAAUUUCAGACCAACGAGGAACAGAAAAAAAAAACCAGAAAGAAAAAAAAAACACCUGUGAAAGUAUCCAAAAAUCCAUCUACAAAUAUCACACCCAGUGUGUCUCUCCAUACUUGCGGCGCUUGACCUGACGGCAGCGACGCAAGGGAUCUUUGUGCUGCUGCGGAUGCAUAGCAUCCAUCUGUCCGCUCUACCGAAUGUUUUGCGCGCGAUUGGAAUUUUCUGUCCGUUUCCAGCGAACAAGUACUAUCAACUUCUGGUUAGGAAUUUUCGGUGCUCGUGGGGUCGGCGGGCUGCAAGAGCCAUAGGGGCGGCAUGGGUCCUUAAGCUGAUGAAGUGUUGGUGAUUGAAUGUUCCCCCGCUUGCAAACAAAGUGUUGGGUCGAGCAAAACUGUCCAUUUUUUGAUGCGUGGUUAUUUUUGAACAAACGAGAGGUGCUCCGUACAAAUGAGAAACCGAUUUGCCAUCACAUCUAAGUCUUACGAAUUAGAGAUGCACGAGCCAGCGGGGAUGAUGCGUGGCUAGGCCGUGGUGAGUGAACGUGUUAUGCUCAUGUUAUGGAUACCCGUUUUACAUUAGGUAGUCUAUCUGUCCUCGCACAUACGCAAUGACGAACGAAGACACGGCAUGAUUUGAAACCCGCGACCCUUGAAUAGAGACUUCCAAUCAAGGAAGCGGACGCAUGACAAGGAUCAACAAUGUACUGUACUCCGUACUCCGUACAAGUGACGAUUUUUCAUUAUGAUGGUUAUUUUUAUCUACUCCAUUCGUCGCCGUCUGGAGCUACAAAAGGACCGAAAGACUUGGGGGGGUAGGGGGUGGAAUUAAUUACGAGGCGUUUUUUUUUAUAUCCCAAUGCAAAACCGGGUUCCGAAUUCCUCC